UCGAACAGCCUCCCCAAUCGGUCUAAACAAUGCCAGAAGCUUGCUUCCCAAGCUCGACGAGCUCUCCCAUUGGGUUAACAACCAGAGGCCGUUCUUCUUUGGAAUUACGGAAACUUGGCUCCCUCCUGAUAUUGGUGACUCUGAAGUUCACAUUCCUGGCUACAACGUUUACCGAACUGAUAGAGCCGGUUCUGCGUAUGGCGGGGUCGCAUUGUACGUGAGACAGGACCUCCAAGCAAGCCUUGGAGGUGAAGACCUCGUUGAACAACUUUGGGUGUCAGUCUCUAGUUCCCGCGAAUCACUUGUUAUGGUGGGUGUUGUGUACAGAAGUCCUAGCACUACGUCUCUGGCCUGGCUCAACACAUUCGCUGAAUAUGCAUCAUCUUCUCAUGUUUGUAUUUUGGGCGACUUUAACCUUCCUUCGGUUAAUUGGUCUAUGGCACCCCCAGUAUCCACAUCUCCAAACUGUCUUAACAACGCUUUUCUGGAUGUUGUUUCGGUCAAUGGUCUUAUGCAACAUAUACUGUCGCCUACGCGGAUAUCAGCUUUUUCGUCGUCGUGUUUGGAUUUAAUCUUAACUAACCAGCACGAUGAAAUUUCGAGUGUCACCAUCUCGAAUCCACUGGCCACCGGUGAUCACUGCAUCGUUUCCACGUAUUAUCUGCUUUCACGACCA